CCUUCAAAGGUUGGUGUCAAGAAAAGCCACGGCGGGUACUCUCAGUCUCAUCAGCGGCCCCACGAAGAUGAAAUUUGCCAGCGGGAGAAGCUCGGGGAAAGGGAGAAUAGUUCUAUGCCACAAACAGCGUAGAUUGACUCGAUCGGGAAUUGACUUUGCAAGUAGCAACAGUGACGGGAUAAGAAAGAGCCGUGGAAUGGAUCUUCUUCGGAAUUUCAUCCCUAUUCUAUUUAUGCAUUUGAGAAAAGAUUUCUUGAAUAGCAGGAAAUGGAGAGGCGAAAGGUCAAAGGAGAAAAGAAUGUCAUCAGGCCUUUCUCUACCAGAUAACAGUAGCGGGAGCAAUACUAAUUCAACUGUUAUCUAUGUAGUUUUAAGCUUGGUGAUUUUUUCUGUCAUUGGUGCAAUCUCUUGCUGCUUUGCUAGGAGAGUUAGGCAAGGUAUUGUAAGAGAGUUGCAAAGUGUAGUUACUUCACCUGCACCAAAUGUGGCACAUUCACCUGCCCAAAAUACAGUUCAGAUUUGGGAAAUUGAUGCACCAACAAUGGAAAAGUUCCUCCGAGAAAUAGCAGAAGAAAGGCCAGUAAGGUUCACUGCUCAACAACUAUAUAGUUUCACAAGCAAUUAUUCAGCACCACUUGGGUCUGGAGGAUUCGGCAUGGUCUACAAAGGACAGUUCCCAAAUGGGAUGAAGAUUGCUGUGAAGAUUUUGAAGAGGGACUCGGACAGGCAGGCGGAGGAGCAAUUUAUGGCUGAGGUAGGAACAAUUGGCAGAACUUACCAUAUAAACUUGGUUAGGCUUUAUGGUUUUUGUUAUGAUCAAUAUAUGGGUGCACUGGUAUUUGAGUACAUGGAAAAUGGAUCUCUGGAUAAGUACUUGUUUGGCAAAAAACAAGAAAUUGAAUGGGGAAAGUUACAUGAUGUAGCCAUUGGGACUGCUAAAGGCCUUGCUUACUUACAUGAGGAAUGCCAACAGAGAAUCAUUCAUUAUGACAUAAAGCCUGCUAACAUUCUACUGGAUGCAAAUUUCUCUCCCAAAGUUGGUGAUUUUGGACUUGCCAAGCUUUGCAACAGGGAUAGCACCCAUAUGUCUCUCACUGGCUAUCGAGGCACCCCCGGAUACUCCGCCCCAGAGUUCUUAUUAAGUAAUUUUCCAAUUACGCACAAGUGUGAUGUUUACAGCUUCGGAAUGGUAUUGUUUGAGAUCAUUGGAAGAAAAAGGAAUGCUGGUGUUACUCCUUCUGGGAACCCUGAUUGGUUUCCACAACACGUGUGGGAGGAAUACAGAAAGUUAAAAUUGGAAGAAAUGACUCGAAGUUGUGGAAUUGAAGAGAAAGAUAAAGAGAGGGCGAGCAGAAUGUGCAAGGUGGCUCUGUGGUGCGUUCAAGAUUCCCCCGACGAGCGGCCGCCGAUGAGUGCAGUGGUGAAGAUGCUAGAGGGAGGAGUAGAGAUAAUGCCGCCACCAAAGCCAUUUCUCUACUUGAAUCUUCUAACUACAAGAGGGAACAGUAAGUUGAAUCUGCAACAAGCUAGAACCAGUUCAGAUUAUUCGACGUGCAACGAAGAAAGCGGUUCUUAUUGGUACAAGAAGGCUACUUCCAAUCUAGAAGUAUGAAUUGCAUAUAGCUAGUUCUCGACUCGGAAGUGAGUUAGAAGUUUGAAAUCUUCGUAUUCGCUCUCCUUUUUAUCCAUGGGAAAAGCAUAUUCUAUUGCAGACAGAGAAGAGGACAGUGUAACCUACAACUCGAAAAACAGGUACUCGUCUAUGAGAACUUACAUUAUGCUCUUAGCUAUUCAAUAGAUGGUCUAUUUUUAACUUUUUACGAUGAACUUUUAGAGAAAUUUGGUGUUUAUAAUUACUUCAAAGAUUAUAGGUGAAGUAUGGUUGUUGGAAAACUCGAUGAAAUGUCUUAUCAUGGGACAUUUUAUGAGAUAGAUGCGAAAGUCGAACUUAAAUAAAUCUUAAUAAGGGAUGGAUGUGAUUUAUGUCUUAUUUAAGACGGGAUAAGUAGAUGAGAUGAUUAGGUGUUCUUAAACUCUGCCAUGUUGGGAGUGUUUGGAGCUGGGAUAUAUUCGAGGAAUGACAUAUCUCAUUUGUGGGCCAUUAUCGGACAAUAGUCGAUAAUUUUAUGAUUUUAUGACGUUGGAUGUAUAUGUAAGAGAAAUUAUAAAAUGUAUGGUCUACUUUGCUAAUGUUCCCA